ACACGUGGGGAGAAAAUGACACUUCAAAUCAUUGCUUUGGGAUUUCUCCCUGUUGCAGGUGUUCACCGCCAGAUCCUGUUUGUUACUGUGGGAUGGUUUGCUGGCUAUUUUCUUGUUAAACAUGCUGAGUAUGUCCACGCUAAACAGGACAGAGAGCUGCUUGAUUAUGUCAGGCGGCACCCUGAAGACUUUAAGGAGUCAGAAAAGAAAAGAAUAGGAGAACUUCUGGAGGAUUUCUAUCCAGUUCGCUGAUGCUUCUGCUGAGCUGUUUCUGUGCUGAGAACUCCACGGGGCUGCCCGCGGCCUUUCAGCUGUCCAUGCUUGGAACCAUCAUUCAAUCUCAUUAAAUAAAAGCUAAUGAUGAAAUACA